AAAGAGGAAAAGCCAUCUGGUGAGAUGCUAGGAGUACUCUUCUGUGCGUUCAUUACAUUGGAAGGCCCUGGUUUUUUUUGGAUCUACUAAAGACUCGCAAAGAUAUCGGGAAGACCGGGUCGGGUGUUUGGGCGGCUAACCAAAGUGACAGGUGCCUUUUUAUCUGGAGGAGCAUAGAAAUUUAUUUAUUUCCCUCAUUUUCAACGCCCUUCCAUCGAUUCUUUAGUGUUCACGUCAGUAACAAAUUAGUGUCUGUGCAAAUAACGACUCCAAUUCAUAGGAAUGCCUUCGAAAUUACUUCCGUAUUACAGCUAAAAUUACAGAAAACGUCAUUGUUAAGUCUACAUCGAAAGUAAGUGAAAACCCUUAUGUGGAGAAUGGGAAAAAUACUGUCAAAAAUAUUCGGAAACAAGGAAAUGAGGAUACUCAUGCUGGGUCUUGAUGCAGCUGGGAAAACAACAAUAUUGUACAAGCUGAAAUUAGGACAGUCAGUCACAACAAUUCCUACCGUUGGAUUCAAUGUUGAAACUGUAACAUAUAAGAAUGUUAAAUUCAAUGUCUGGGAUGUUGGUGGGCAAGAUAAGAUCCGCCCACUGUGGCGACACUAUUACACUGGCACACAAGGGUUGAUAUUUGUCGUGGACUGUGCAGACAGAGAUCGGAUUGACGAAGCUAGGCAAGAACUCCAUAGGGUCAUUAACGAUCGUGAAAUGCGAGAUGCAAUCAUUCUCAUUUUUGCAAAUAAACAAGACCUCCAGGAUGCCAUGAAACCACACGAAAUUCAAGAAAAACUGGGUCUGACGCGCAUUCGUGACAGGAACUGGUACGUCCAGCCAGCAUGUGCCACAACAGGCGACGGCUUGUAUGAAGGACUAACGUGGUUAACAUCCAAUCACAAAUCGUAAUGAAGACCACUGCGUUCAAGUGCUGUGUAUAAGAAAAUUCAACAAGGUCGUGAGGGCGUAGAGGAAAGAUUUAGGAAACAAUAACUGAGACUAUAUGUUUGAAGAUGGCAACCUACUGUAAUAGUGUGGUUGCCAAAAGUGCGCUAUGGCAUCAAAUAAUUAAUAUCGUACCGGACGCGA